AGCAGACCAAAAUCCAAAUGGACAAUAAAUCUGUUUACUGAAAACAAAUGUCAUCUUGAUUGGGAAUUAACAGCUAUCACAUAGUACUAAUGCAGAAAAACUGCCAAUAGAGUACUACAUAUUUGCAGAGUUUUGCUUUCUCCGCAACAAGCCAUACUCGUGUUUGCAUUCUCCUUCUUCGCUAAAUCCAAUUUCCACGCAAACCUCAUCAUCAAUUCUCACGCCUCUGGCAGUGACACUGUACCAAUAUAGUAAUCAGAUUCACAUGUGUAGUAGUGAUUCCUAGAAGUGAUUCAGAGAGAGAAGAGAUUUUCACAAAUCAACACUCUUCUAAGUUCUAACUAAGCUUGUGUAGUAGUGAUUUUUAUCUUUUGAGAUCGAUGGCUCUUCACUGUGCUGCUUUCUGCUUCAGAAGCGUGGCUUCUCACCCUACUGGUUCAGUCAAGUUCGGUCAGCCCACUAUCAAAGCUUCUUCUGCCUUUGCAUGCCCUUCUUCCCCUCCUCAUAUCAGAUUGAAUGUUAAAGGAAAGGCAUCUCCUGGUUAUGGGACACUUGAAACAAAGGAAUCACCUCUUGUGGUUUGUUUUGGGGAAAUGCUAAUUGAUUUCGUCCCAACUAUCAGUGGCCUUUCUUUGGCUGAUGCACCUGCAUUUAAAAAGGCUCCAGGGGGUGCUCCUGCUAAUGUUGCUGUUGGUAUAGCCCGAUUAGGAGGUUCAUCUGCUUUUAUCGGAAAGGUUGGUGAGGAUGAAUUUGGAUAUAUGCUUGCUGAUAUACUCAAGGAAAAUAAUGUAAACAACCAAGGGAUGCGAUUUGACCCUGGUGCUCGUACUGCUUUGGCAUUUGUUACACUGAGGAAUGAUGGAGAACGAGAGUUCAUGUUUUAUCGUAAUCCCAGUGCUGAUAUGCUGCUCCAAGAAGAUGAACUCGAUUUGGACUUAAUUAGAAAGGCCAAGAUCUUCCAUUAUGGUUCUAUAAGUCUUAUAACAGAACCAUGCAAAUCAGCACAUAUAGCUGCAGCAAAGGCUGCGAAAGAUGCUGGUGUAGUCCUGUCUUAUGACCCUAACCUGAGGCUUCCUUUAUGGCCUUCUGCGGAUAGUGCUAGAGAAGGAAUUCUGAGUAUAUGGGAGACUGCAGAUAUCAUUAAGAUAAGUGAAGAAGAGAUCUCUUUUCUCACAAAGGGUGAAGACCCGUAUGACGAUGCGGUUGUUCAUAAAUUAUUCCAUCCAAACCUCAAGCUACUUCUGGUGACUGAAGGUGCAGAAGGCUGCAGGUAUUAUACCAAGGAGUUCAGUGGUAGAGUCAUGGGAAUGAAGGUGGAUGCUGUUGACACCACUGGUGCUGGUGAUUCAUUUGUGGCUGGAGUAUUAUCACAAUUAGCUGUGGAUCUUUCAUUAAUUCAGAAAGAGGAACAACUGAGAGAUGCUCUCAAAUUUGCCAAUGUGUGUGGUGCAUUGACUGUGACCGAGAGAGGCGCAAUUCCAGCAUUGCCCACAAGGGAAACUGUUCUGAAUGCAAUGCUUAAGCCCGUAGCGUAACUUCACACCCCGAUCUCUGUAAUUAUGUGAAGAUUUUUUUUUUUCAUUGGAAAUCCUUAGGAACUUUCUGUGGGAAUGCAAUCUAUAUAAUCUUUAUUAGGGUUGUUUUGUUUCUGAUCAUGUGUGAUACAGUUGAUUUGACGAUAUAUGAUCCUAUUUUGGGUUUAUCGUCUUUCGAUUCACUCUUUUUUUCACGUAUGUUAUUCUUUACAUAUA